AUCAGAAAAAACAAAAAGAAAAUUCUUAUCCAGUUUUUUUUCAUUUCAAUAUUUACGAACUGAUUGAACAAUUCGUGUGAGAAAGGAGAUUUUAAUCCAUUACCUGGAUAUUUGAUCAUUGAACUCUGUUUGAAGCAAUACAUUACGAUAGUUUCUGCUCAAACACGCACACAUUCAUACACGGACAAGAUUCACUGAUAUAAUUGUGUUAUGCUAAACUCCUAAUCAACAUACACUGCUGUAAUUUAAAUUUUGAAUACAAUUAGCAAUAAUCAACAUGCCUACACCAAGUAUAUUUAUAAAUUCAGCUCAAGAGGAUGAUAGCAAUGGUGGGGGAAGUUUGAAAGCGUCAGUCAAAUCGAAACCAUUAAAUCUUCCAGUACCAGAAUUGAAAAUUGUUAAUGAUGAUGUUGAUGGGGAGGAGAAUAACGUGUCAAGUGAUGAUGAAGAUGUCAUGACAGCUGAAGAAGAAGCUGCUGUUGCUCGUCGAUUUCUUGGUGGAGGUGAAGUGACCGAACAGCGAAGAAUGUCUUCCCUGGAUAUGUAUCUUUUACAACAAGAAGAUAAAUGCGAAUCCAUGAUAAUUAAUCGUCAUAUCAGUUUGAAAGCAGAAGAGAAAGAUUAUGAAACGGAACAAAAACGCUUGUUACAAAAAGAAAAAGAGGAAAUGGAGAAACAUCAAGAACAAUUACGAAGAGAACGUGAAGAGGUUAAAAAGGCCAGAGCAUCAAAACGACAUUCGAAGGUGAAUGCAGAUCAAGAUGCCAAUAAAAAUAAUCAAGCCAGAAGAAUGACUUAUAGAAAACAAGGACUUGGUGGUAUGAGUAGAGAACGCAGAAAAAAGCUAAAGGAAAUGAUAAUGCAAAAGGCGAAAGAUGAACUCCUUGAAGAAAGACGCAAAGAACUUCACAACAGAGAAGAUCAUAUCAGGAAACGAGCACCUCCAUUCGAUAUUGAUGGUUUAAACGAAAAUCAACUCCAAGAAAAGUUGAAAUCAUGGCAUACAUAUAUUAAAGAUUUGGAAUCACAGAAAUAUGACUGGGAGUUAAGAUUACGCAAACAAGACGAAGAAAUUAAUGACUUGACAGCCCAACUAUGUGCUAUCAAAGGUCACUUCCAAAAACCAAUUCUUCGUAGAGUUCCUAAGUCGACGACUACAGAGAGAUUGAGAGCGAUGAGUGCAACACCGAAUUUUUCAGGACAUCAAAAUUUUGUUGAACUGAAAAGGAAAAAAUCCGAUACAAGUCAACCGUUGACAUCAAAUUUGAACGGGACUCCAGAGGUGUGUAAUAAAACCAGCUGAUAAAACAAAUACAAUCGUUUCUUUGUUUCGUUUCGUAUUCUCACCUGAACAUACUCUCUAUCUUUCCCCCCUUUCUCUCUCCCUCUUCGUUUUCUUGAUCAUUUGGGUUGGUGAGCGCCUAAUUAUUUUUUCAAAAGAUACCUACAGAACUUUCUACACAACAUUUAAACAAAGGGUAAUAACAGUAAGCACAAACAAAGCGUUGUAGAUCUCUCUAUACAUAUAUAUAUACCCAUCUAUAUGUAUGCUUAAUUCCUUUCUUCUCAUCCAAUAUAACAACUGUCUCCCUGUGUCUUGUUCAUCUUAAAACCACGUCUCAGGUGUGUAUGUGUGUGUGUGUGUAAGUGUGCGUCCGCGUGUGCGUACGUCAGUGAGUGCUUGAUUUAUUUGCCUUUGACAAUAUGGUAUGGGUGAUUAGCACAUAUUUAUCUUUCUCCUUAGUUCUGUUGUCAUUUUAGCGCCUAAGUAUUUGUGUUUGUCAUUUGUGUAUUGUUUUUUAAUCUGUUCAUCCAUUUUACGCUUUGUUAUGCAAUACACUACAACUGUUUAUUGAUCAUUCAUCUGUUUCACGCCUAGAUUACGUAAUAAACUAAUUCUAUUAUUACCAUUAUUAUUAUUAUUACUUUAUUACUUGUAUGAUUUUCAGACAAUGGUUUAUUCUUCAAACAAUUUCUCUGAUUUGAUUUUAUAGUGUACAUCUAUACCCUGUGCUCGUCUCCACACACACAUACACACACAUACUCACAUACGCACACACGUACACACCUCAUUCCUCUUUAAUAUAAAACAAAAUAUUGUGGAGGAUCCGACGACAGAAAGAUACAUUCAUGGCUAAUAACAUAUACAUGUAUAACACAUAUAAUCAUUUGUCUUACCCUACCUUUGACCACAUGGAACACUUAUCCACGUACACUGUUAAUUCAUCAAUGACACCUACUACAAAAUCAAACUGUGGAAGAGGAAGUCGACGUCGUACAUGAAGAAGAAGAAGACGAAGAAGAGUAACAGAGUGAUAAUUUACCCUAUUUUGUUGAAGUAUACUGUAACUUUAUUUCUUUUCUAUAUUAAAAAAAACGAAAUAAACAAAGAAUCA